AUGGAAGCAAAUCCCCUCUGGAAGAUUCGGGGCUACCAUCACUCGCAGUUCCUUCGCGACAAUACCUUCAAAUGUCGUUAUGAGCCUACCGAUAUUGAUCGAAUCAGAGAACGAAAACCUCAUUCAGAGCGUUACGGUCCUCUCUCCUCUAUUGAAGCUUCCUCCCAUCCUGAAGACCCUAUAUAUUUUGCUGCCAGAAACAGUGGUAAAGCAGCAACCCCCAAGGGUCACAUUGGCGCGUAG